AUUAGAUCCACAAACGGGCUCUAUGGCAGAUGAGGAGAUAGUCAACAUAGACUCGAUUCCGGAAGUGCAUAAAACAGACAGUAUCAUCAAUGAUAUUAUCGAGGACAUCUUUCACCAGUACAAGGAAUCGGACUCGCAAAGUGAGACGCAGCUCUGUCCAUGCUCGACGAUUAGCUUUGUGGACAACCGAUUGAAAUACUGGAAGAAUAUGAUUCGUGAGCGCCGUGCUCUGCAUCGAAAACUGUCGCUGGCCACGGGCAGGCUGCCAAAGGAGUUGCUCUUCAAUCAGGACAAUCGCGAUGAGCAGACUAUCAAACGUGUUCUGGAUCAAGUAUCGCGUAGGGAUUCCAGUGCCUUAUCUACCCUAACUGAUAGUUGUUCGCGGCGACGUGAAAGCCAUAAUAUUAUGGAAUUUGUAGGCUUACCAAAACCGAUUACUAUGGAGCUCGAUUGUCCGGCGUAUUUACGAAGCCCGUUGUUAGAGUCGCAGGUGCUUGAUAAGCGUCUACAGCAGGAGAAAGCAGGUAUUAAACAUUUGCUAGAAUUUUGUCCAAAUGUCGAGUAUCUUAUGUUGAUCGGCCGGAAUAUUUGGCGUAGAGACCCCUGUGUGAGAACAUCCCUUCAUACGAUAUCGAGCAUUACGCCAGGCGAAAUAACCGAAUGUCCAACCGAGAUUCUUGUAGCUCUCAAUACUAAUGACAUAAGCUUACCUGAUGCCAAUUCGGAGAUAGCUGUAAGCUUCAAUGGCACCACUUAUCGACGACAUCGGCCGGAGUUUUCGCCCAUUGUUGAGCGUAAGUUCGUUUGCCAUCCGUACGAGUACUCCUAUCGUACCAUAAUACACAUCGAGAACAAUGGCUGCCAGACGAUCAACUUUAAAUGGAGUUCUUCUGAGUUCUUCGCGUACAAUGUAACGCUUUUCAAAAAGCCGGACGAUGUGUUUGUGUUCGAUAGUGAGCCCUUUAUUCUGCGACCAGGCGGUGUACGUGAUGUAUCAGUUCUCUUCCGCCCUUGCCAGGUGGGCAUCGUUAAGCAGCGGUGGCUGCUCAAGACGAGUCCCUGUAUUUUCUUUCGUUUUCCCUAUGCUCUGACUCUUAAUAUGCAUGGCAAAUGUACGCCACCGCGAGAGUAUCUAAAGUUGCUCAAAGAGAAAAAGAAAUGUAAUCCCAGAAAUUAUUCAAAUAACCGACGCAAGGUAGUACAAAUAAUGCCCCAUUCGCUAAAAAUACUUUGCCCAUAUAGUAGAGAGCUGGACGACAGCGAAGCUUUCAAUCAGCGUAAUGUGGGCUUUCAUUGCGAACGCAAACUUGACAUUAUAGAGUUAAAAAGGUUUUUCGGUUUGGUAAAGCCGGAAAACUGUAGCUUGGAAUGGGAUUACAGUGUGAGCCUAAUAAUUGAGCUGAUCUCCAUCAAACAGGACACUCGAUUGCGUGUCAGCCUCUUUGAGCAGCUGCAAGCGCUGCUGGCACCGUUACGUGGCCGAACAACGCCGCCGCUCAAGCUGAGUGAUUCUAUAAAUAUGCUGAAGCAACGGCAAUGCACGAAGCUCAUCUAUGUGCGUGGAGCCAUCUGCAAUGGCAUUGACUUGUGGGAGGAAAACUUUACAAUGCUGGCGAAACAAAAGCUCAAAGGCGAUAGCCGGUCACAAACUAAAUUCCUUCGAGAUGCCAUAUAUAUGUAUACUUACAAUAAGCUCUGUAAUAUAGCCGAAAAUAUUGCCUCGGUUAUCGAGAGCACUGAGCAUGUCUAGUAUUAAACGUAAUU